AUGACUCAUUGUAACCCCUGCACCACACCGGCCGACACACGCACUAAACUCGCUGUCGGGGCUGGUCCGCCCGUUGCUAAUCCGACCCUUUACCGAAGUCUUGCUGGUGCUCUUCAAUAUUUGACAUUUACAAGACCGGACAUCUCCUUCGCAGUUCAACAAGUCUGCUUGUUUAUGCAUGAUCCUCGUGACAUUCAUUACAAGGCUCUCAAACGGAUACUAAGGUACGUUAAAGGUACACUCGAUUUUGGUUUGCAGCUAUACCCAACUAAGACUUCCGGACUAGUAGCAUAUACGGACGCCAACUGGGCAGGUUGUCCUUCCACACGACGCUCAACCUCUGGUUAUUGCAUCUUCCACGGUGACAACCUCAUUUCAUGGUCCGCAAAGCGUCAACACACUGUCUCAUGGUCCAGUGCAGAAGCCGAGUACAGAGGCGUCGCCAAUGUUGUGGCAGAAACAACCUGGCUCCGGAACAUUCUUCUUGAACUACAUUGUCCCUUGACAACAGCCACCUUAGUCUACUGUGACAACGUCAGCGCGGUGUACCUCUCUACUAACCUUGUUCAACAUCAACGCACUAAGCAUGUCGAGAUCGAUUUGCACUUCGUUCGUGAAUGUAUUGCUCUUGGUACCGUACAAGUCCUCCAUGUCCCAUCGUCGCACCAGUACGCGGACAUCUUUACAAAAGGCCUUCCAACACCAUUGUUCACCGCUUUUCGUACAGUCUCGGCGUCAUACCGACCAACGCUUCAACUGCGGGGGAGUGAUAGACAAGGGAAUAUGAAAUAUUCUGUUUCCAUAUUUGUAUAG